UCAGCUGUUUUGUAGUGUUGCAUUCUAUGUGUGGCAACGCCAAAUUUUAACAGAAAAGCGUGCACUGUUCGUUUGCAGCUCUGAGUAGUCUUUCCUAAUUUUUUUUAUUAAAUUCUUUCAAGAAAGAGAAAUUUGCAGGCAAUUUCAACUAACAACACGCGGCAAUAACUUGCAGCUUGCAGCCCACAGACAACUACGCAUACCGGCAACUGUUUUUAAACUUUAAGAAUUCUAAUAAAUCCCGCAUAGAAAACCAACAAAAUGGAUAAAAACAGUGCAGCGUUGUAUAAAAAAAUGCAAACAGAGGUUGAGUCAUAUCAAAACCUACAAAAAUCUUGUGUUAAAAUAGUUAAACAGCGGGCACUCUUAGAGAGCCAGUUGAAUGAGAAUAAGUGUGUGCUGGAUGAACUAAAUUUGCUCGGGCCUGACAAUAAAGUGUACAAGUUGUUUGGUCCAGUGCUGGUGAAACAAGAGCUGGAGGACUCGCGGCAAAACGUUGGCAAACGCAUUGAGUACAUCUCGAAGGAACUAAAAAGUUCCACUGAUACACUGGAAAAUAUGGAAAAGGAUAUGCUGAAACAUCGCGAAGCUGUAUCUAAGUACCAGCAGCAAUGGCAGGUCGCAGCAGCCAUGAAGUGAUCCAAUCUGCCUAAUGAUUAUUUAUUACUGUUUGUCAUUUUUAAUAAACAUCCGAAUUGACUUGAAAUCAAAUAUAAACACCUAAAACACCAAA